UCGAACAAAAAUUCGAUCAUCAUUCGGCGUUAAUCAGCGAAGCAGUAAAGACGUGUGCAGUGGUCAGUACAGCAUUUGAAAAAAAGUACAAGUUAAUUUUUAAAUAAAUAUUUUAGAGUACUCCAACUAAUAUUGUGUGUGCUUAACUAAGAGAAAAUCAUUUUUACAAAGAAAACAACAAAGUUCUUUUUUUAAAAGUGUGACUGCAAUUGUGUUUUAUUUGUGAAUUAAACAAUAAAAUACAAUUUUCUAACGUUCUCUUUAUACAUUUUUUAAACGAGUUUUAACAAAUAAAUCCAAACAAAAUGGCCGAUGUUGCUGUAGAAAACAAAGAAACUCCCGUUGUUGAGAAAGUCGCCGAGGAGGUUGAUGCUGGCAAAAAAGAAGUUGCUGCUGAAACUCCCGCUACUGAAGAAGCAACCACCACAGAAAAUGGUGAGGCUUCAGCUGCUGAAGAGAAAAAGCCCAGCGAAGAAGCCGCCAAGGAGAACGGAGACAGUGAAGCUGCUGCAGCUGAAAAAACCGAAACAGAUGGUGCUGCUGCCGAAGCUGAAACUCCUGCUGCCACCGAAGCUGCUGCUGAAGAAUCUGCGCCAGCCACAACUGAAGAAAAUGGUGUAGAAGAACCUGCUGCUGCUACUGAAGCUAACGGUGAUUCUACAGAUUCUGCCCCCGCUGAGGCCGUUAAGAGGAAAGUCACCGAAGGUGAAGCUAAAACAGACGAUGCCGCUGAAGUGACACCUGAAAAGAAGGCCAAAUUGGAAGAGACCUCAAAAGAAGAAGUCCAAAACGGUGCGGAGGCAUCUGAAGUAGCGGCUUAAUCUCUUAAUUAAACACACACAACAACCUACCCUCUACUAUAUAUAAUAUAUAUUAAAAAAAUAACACACAAAAACAAACAAACAAAAACUAAUUCUAAUAAUUUACUUACAUUAACAUUAUAAAAAAAUUAAAAACUUAAAAAAUCCUACAAAAAAAUUACAAAAAGCAAAGAAAACCUGUAAACUACCUACUACAAAAAAGAGAAAAACAACAAACCGAAACAACAACAUCAAACCAACAAUCAAUCAACAUUAUUUAAAAAGAAAAAAACAAAUGAUGUGAUCGCCGGCGAUAUAUAAUAUAUGAUUUAUUGACGCAAGAGCAGCACAGCAUCCAAAUACAUAAUUUCAAAUUUCCAAAUUUCAUUUUGAUUAUAAGGUUUUUUAUGUAUAAACAAAAACAAAUUUUUUUUUAAAACUAAAAUGUACUUUGUCAUAUUUUCAUGAUAAAUGUGCAUGUGUAUUAAAAAAAAAAAACGAAAAAAAGAAGAAAAUCCUAUACAUAAUCCUAAGAUAUUAAAGAAAUAACAAUACAAUCUCCUCUUGUAGAGACAGAAGUUGUAAAAAUAUUUUGAAAGAAAAGAACUUUUUUAAAAAAUUUAUUCAUUUUACACUUUUGUCGUCAUAUCUCAAUUUUUUUAUAUAUACAUACAUUUUAAAUUAUACUUGUGUAUUCACUUCGAAUUUCUUAUUAAUUCCUGUGCCAGAAACCUAAAAUCUAACAUCUGUUUUCCUUGUGAGUGCUUAGCAUUUUUUCGCCAGGAAAUGUGAUGGGGGUUUUAGUGUUGAGGCAUGUUAUUUUUAAGAAUUACUUUUAGUUAUUUUAAAAAAUGUCUUUCCAAACAAGACCUUUUUAAAAUAUAGUUGACUUUCAGAUUUCUUUGUACUAUUUUUUUUUUAAAUAAAUAUAAAAAACACAUCAUCA